AUGAACAAUGGUCAGAAAGAAGAUAAUACAAUCAAUAACAACACCUUAAACAAUGUAAAUAAUAAUAAUAAAAGUAAUAGCAUCUUUGAUGAUCAAGAUGAAUCGACGACGACUACAACGACAACAACAACUAAUAGUAAUAGUAAUAGUUAUAGUAACGGCAAUAUACAAUUAAAUGAUCAAACAAUGAAUUUGAUCACAGAUCAAUUACUAGCACUUCAUCAAAUACAAAUAGACAAGUUGAAUCAAAAGUAUCAAACUUUACUUGAACUGCACAUCAAAGAACUUGAAAGUAAAUUUGAUCAACGUAUCAAUGAAACAAUAGAAUCUUUUAAUAAUAAUAAUAAUAAUAAUAAUAAUGUAAAUAGUAUAAUAUCAUCACAACCAUCAAGUGCAUUUUCACUAUUUGGUGAUUCUCUUUCAAAAUUAAAGAGAAAGUUGAUUAUAAAUGAUGAACAAGAUAAACAAGUAUUGAUAAAGAAAUUAAAAUCGAUAUUUGAAAGAGAAUUCCCUCAAGAGAUUAAAACUAAAGAGACAGAGUUGGUAGAGAUUGAUACGAGAAUACUUAAAGUAAAAGAAAUGUUGAAUCAAAUGAAGGCAUCUCGAACCUCUAAACAAAAAACACAAAGAUCAACUAUACUUUUGGAUCAUCCUCCUUCUCCUUCUUCUAAAAAGGAUAAAUCUUUAUCGUCGACAAAAUCAACUGGUUCCUCUACUUCUACGACGACGACUACGACCUCCUCUUCUUCACAAGCAACAAAAACAUCAACCAAACAUAAACCAUCAUCGUCGUCGACGACAACUGAUGGAUCUGGAUCUUCUUCUGGAUCUUCAUUUACAAUGCCAAUAACAUCAAUUCCACUACCUCCACCACCAGCAACCAUUGAAACUAAAUUGUAUUACAAAAAGUUGAAUGGAAAAUAUGUAUUGCUAACCUGUCCAUCAUGCGGAAGACAGGAAUUUGUAAACUCUACUGGAUUUUUAAAUCAUUGUAGAAUUAGACACAAGCUGACUCUUGCCAGUAUUGAAGAGGCAGCAGAGAUUUGUGGUGGCAAAGAAAUGAAUGAAAGCGAUGUUCCUCCUCAAUUCCAACAAAAACUUGGAACUUUUCAAUCGGCAUCGAUAAAGGAAUUCAUUGCUACUGUUGCUCAAUCAAAAGAAAAUGUAGAAACUAUCAAUAAUAAUAAUAAUAAUAAUAAUAUUGGUGGAACAACUGUAAAUAUGACGACUCCAACUACAUCACCAACAACAACGACGACAACAACAUCACCAACUAUCACUACAUCAUUGGUUAGUGAUAGUGUAUUAUUAGAUCCAAUGAAUAUAGAUAGCGCAUCUAGACCUGUACAUCCAAAAAUCGACGAAUCACCUUCAAGAUUCUAUAUCAGAAAGAGAAUCAUUGCUGGUAACACUUGCAUGCAAUUACCACCAAAUCAAAAAUCAACUGGACAUACUCAUAAAUGGAUGGUUUAUGUUAGAGGUAUUGAUGGUGAUGAUAUUUCAACAUUUAUAAAAAAGAUUAGAUUUUUUCUUCAUCAUGAUUAUGCACCAAAUGAUACAAUUGAUAUUGAACAUCCACCAUUUCACCUUACUCGAUGGGGAUGGGGAGAAUUUCCAAUUAGAAUCAAAUUAUUUUUUCACGACAAUCGAAACAAACCAAUCGAUAUUAUUCACAAUCUAAAAUUAAAUCAGCUGCCAGUUCAACCAGAUGUCAUUACACUGGGUGGUGAAACUGCAAUUGAUAUUGAUCUAGAUAGACUCUUUUUCGAUGUAAAGGAAAUGGAAAAGGAAAAAGAAGCUGAAAAACAAAGAGAAAAAUUAAAACCUCCUCCAGAACCAAUCAUCAAACCAGAAGAUCUAACUUUAAAAUCACCAAUAGUAACUCAAUAUUUAACAACACUGGCUAAAAAAUAUACAAUCGUUAUACCAGAUGAAAAAGAAAAAGAAAAGGAAAAAGAAAAAGAAAAAGAAAAGGAAAAGGAAAAGGAAAAGGAAAAGGAAAAGGAAAAGGAUUCAACGACAACAACCCCCUCAUCUUCCACUACUACUACUACUACUACUAUUGAAGAAAAAGAAUUGUAUCGUAAAGCAACAACAAGAACAGAAUGGAUGAAAUGGAAUGAAGGAAAACAAAGAUUAACAGAAUUUAGGAGAUCAAAAUUUAUUGGUAAAUUAUUAAAUUUGAAAUUUGGAACAAAAUUCAAGACUAUAGAAAUCAAGAGAUGGUGUAGAGAACAUGAAUUGACACCAUUGACAAAUCAACAAAAGGCAGAAUUACUUAUUAUUAAAGGAUUGCGAACACUGAGUAAAAAGGAUAAAAAGAUUGAUGGAGAUGGUGAUACUAGUAUGACUGAUGAUAUCGACAAUGAAAAUGGUGGCAACAAAAAAGAUGGAACAGAGGAGCUACCAGAAACUGGUGGUAUCACUGAAGACGAGGAGGAAAAGCGAAGAAAAGAAGAGGAGAAAAAGAAAAAAGAAGAGGCAGAAGCAAAAGCCAAAGCAGACAAGGAAGCAAAGGAAGCCGCAGAGAAAAAGGCAAUCGCCGAAGCAAGAGCUGCUGCUGCAAAAGCAAAAGCUGCUGCCAAAGCAAAAAUCAAAAAGGAAAAGGAACAUGUUCCCCAAGAACAACAUGCACCUAUUGUCCUACCAGAAUGGACAUUAUCUUUAUUUUCUCCUUCAUCUGCAAUGGCAAAAGAUCCAAUUUUAGCUCCCUUAUCAGGUUCUUCUUAUAAUCAAAAUAAUCAUACAAUACCAACAACUGCUGCAACUCCUUUUUCAACAAUAACAACAACUUCAACUACAACAGGUGGAGGAACUACUAUCAAUAACAAUAAUGAACUUGUACCAUUCAACUCAUCAACAGUAUUACCUUCUUCCUCUGGUAUCAAUAAUAAUUAUAAUAAUAAUUAUAAUAAUAAUUAUCAAAAUAAUACACUUCAUCAUCAUCAUCAAUAUAAUAAUCAAACAGCAAUUGUACCAACUACUACAGUUAAAAAGACACUUGGUAUCUAUCCACUGUUCUAUUGUAAAUAUUGUGGAUGUGGACAUCAACCAGAUACAUUUGAUGCCAAACAAAGACAAUGUGGUCUAAAUGCCAUUGUCUCUUCCUAUACAACACUAAACAGCUCAUUCCCACAGGUCAAGAUUUCAUAUGGAGAAAACUUUGAUCCAGAUUCUAAACAACCAAGGGAUGAUGCUGUCAGUCCAAUGACACUCCUCAACCAACAAACCUUUUCAAACCCAUCCACCUUUCCAAUCGAUUUUAUUCGAAAUAUUACAAAGAUGAUCAAUAUUAAAUUGGAAGAUCAAUCUUUUGGUGCUGAAGAAAUGUUAUAUAUGGCAACAAUUAAAUUUAUGAGAGAGAUUGUAAUGGAAACAUUUGAACAAUAUAGUAAAGAAAGAGAAAAAGAGGAAGAUGAAGUUAUCAAGGUGGUUGUACCAUUUCACCUGCAUUCAGCACUUAGAACAAAUACUCUUUACAACUUUUUAAAUAAUUGUUGUUUAUAUAACAAUAAAUAA